ACCUUUAUUUUGAAAACGGAACAAGCCAUUUGUCGCCGGAAAUAGACUUUUGUUUUGUUCAUACAUUCGCAGCUGUUGUAGAAAAGAGCUGCAAGCGCUAACGACAGUCUCGCUCGUCUUGGCUAAUUUUAGGUCCAAAAGAUGUCUCACACAAUUCUGCUGGUUCAGCCAACCAAAAGACCAGAAGGACGAACAUACGCCGAUUAUGAGUCUGUCAACGAGUGCAUGGAGGGAGUAUGUAAGAUGUACGAGGAGCAUCUGAAAAGAAUGAACCCCAACAGCCCGUCCAUCACGUACGACAUAAGCCAGCUCUUUGAUUUCAUUGAUGACCUGGCUGACCUCAGCUGUUUAGUGUACCGAGCUGACACGCAGACCUACCAGCCUUACAACAAAGACUGGAUCAAAGAGAAGAUCUACGUUCUGCUGAGACGCCAGGCCCAGCAGGCGGGGAAAUAGAAUGAAGGAAAUGUUCUUGUGGGCUGCACUGAUUUUUAUUUCCACCCCCCAAUAAAAAAAAAAAAGCUAAUUUGAUCGGAUCUACGCUGCAUAACCGGGCAAGCUAGCCAGGCGAUGUGUUACAACACCCCUUUUGUUUGUAAUCAUUAAAACAUUCACAAAUGUGUACAUUUUUCUUUUUUCCUUCAUGUUUUUGUUUCAGGUUUAAUCCUCAAGGUUAUGAACGUGGUUUAAAUGAAAGCUUGCUGUGUUCCCGAGGGGUCAGUUUUCUUGUGUGGGUUUGUUUUCUUGUGUAUCUUUAUGACUCUAUCCAGUUUUAUAAAACGGUAACUAUGAUGGGUAAUGUUUUGAUCAGCUUUGUAUUUUUUGGCCAUUUAGUACAAUAAACAACUUGAUUUAAAUUAA